AGACAUCAGAAGUCCAUGGCAGAUGAAAAAAAGAAGAGGGCAAUUACCGCCCGUAGGCAGCAUCUCAAGAGUGUUAUGCUCCAGAUUGCUGCUACUGAACUUGAAAAAGAAAGCGCAGCCAAAGAACAAGAAAAAGCCACCUACCUUGCAGAACACUGUCCACCUCUGCACCUCCCAGGUUCCAUGCAGGAACUGCAGGAAUUCUGCAAAAAACUUCAUGCUAAGGUAGAGGAGGUUGAUGAAGAAAGAUAUGACACAGAGGUUAAAUUACAGAAAACUACCAAGGAGCUUGAAGAUUUGAACCAGAAACUGUUUGACCUGAGGGGCAAGUUCAAGAGGCCACCCCUGCGUAGAGUCCGCAUGUCUGCUGACGCUAUGCUGCGUGCUCUUCUGGGCUCCAAACACAAGGUCUGCAUGGAUCUUAGAGCUAACCUGAAGCAAGUCAAGAAGGAAGACACUGAAAAGGAGAAGGAUCUGCGUGAUGUUGGGGACUGGAGGAAGAAUAUUGAGGAGAAGUCUGGAAUGGAGGGCAGGAAGAAGAUGUUUGAAGGUGGCGAGUAAGAACCACUCAGUUGUUCCAUCUGAUCCUCAUCCCUAUCCAAGUCCCAAUGCUCCUCUUCCAUUCAUCCUGCCACUUAAUUUUCUGCCAACUGUUUACAGCGCUGUUUUGGGAAUGACUUUCCUCAGGCCACAGUUGCAUUUCAUAGGCCACCAUACAGAACCAACUUGCAGCCUGACCCCAUAUUGUUGUGGGGAAGAUCAUUGUCUUAUGCUGUGAAAUGUCUUAAAAACAUUUUGUGACUGUGGUAGUGGCAUGAGCUUAGCGUAUUCGGUCCUCAUCAAAUCCUGUAAUUUGUAGGAUCUGUUGAUGCAAAGUGAUCUGAUGUAAAUAAAGCUUUGAAAGUAUGGUUGAAUUUUUAAGCCUCGGGAGGCCAAGCCAUGAAAUGA